AUGACGAAUCCUGAUGGGCAUAUCUGGACGCGACUCCUUACUGCGAAAUCAAAGGUAGCUCCCCUCAAAUCUCAAACCAUUCCAAGAUUGGAACUGAGCGGAGCACUUCUUCUGGCGUCGCUGACCACCGCCGUCCUUCAAGCAUUGUCAAAACCCAUAACGCGCAUCGUUUAUUGGACGGACUCCACCAUCGUUCUUCAUUGGAUUAACACGUCGCCCCACACGCUGAAAACUUUUGUCGCUAAUCGAGUGGCAGAUAUUCAAAGGCAGACCCAGACCUCAGAGUGGCGUCAUCUUUCCACAACGGACAACCCCGCGGAUCUCAUCUCGCGAGGUCAAACACCAGAAGAUCUGCUACGAUCAACCAUGUGGCAACAAGGACCGAAAUGGCUCCAAAAAGCUGAAAAAUACUUGCCGAAAUGGAACCCUGUACCAUUGACCGAAAUACCAGAGCAGAAGAAGGCAACCUGUUUGUCUUUGAUUUCCGCUGACCACAGUCUACUAGAGAGAUUUUCCUCGUGGCCGAAAUUAAUCAUAAUCACAGCUCGCUGCCUACGAUGGCGGCAACCAAGGCAUCGAGGGAACCCCCUAACCGCGCAGGACUUAUCCAUUGCGCAUAACAAAAUAAUCAAAUUGCUCCAACGUUGCUACUUCGCUGAUGACAUUCGACAGCUCCAAAUCAAUCAAAAGUCCACAUUAAAAGGGAAGCUACAGCGACUCAAUCCCUUUUUGGACAAGGAUGGGAUGCUACGAGUUGGAGGCCGACUCAGUCACUCAACACUGCCUUUCAGCCAGAAACACCCCAUCAUCUUACCCAAGUCAACGGUUACGACGCUCAUAAUCGAGCACGAACAUCGCCUGAGUCUACAUGCCAGGACUCAAGCCACUUUAUACGCCCUCCGAAGAUCCUAUUGGCCAAUCGAUGGCCGCAGUCAAGUAUGGAGCACGUUGAAGAACUGCGUACGGUGCUGCCGAGCUAAUCCACCUCCAGUGGAUUAUGUAAUGGGCGAUCUCCCAGCAGCACGGAUAACAGAAUCACGGCCGUUCACCAACAUCGGAAUAGACUAUUGCGGGCCCUUUUUUGUCAAGGAACGAAAGGAUCACAACCGACGGAAGAUAAAGGUGUACGUGGCAAUCUUUAUAUGUCUCGCAGUAAAAGCAGUUCACAUUGAGCUGGUUAGUGACCUCACAAGCGAGGCUUUCAUUGCUGCACUACGAAGAUUCAUUGCUCGCCGAGGAUUCUGCUCAAGUAUCCACACGGACAACGGCACCAACUUCGUCGGCGCAAACAACGAGCUCCGAGAACUACGGAACCUCCUACGGUCCGACGAUCAUAAGGCAAAGGUUCAGUCCUUUUUAGCCGACAGACAGAUCGAGUGGCACUUCAUUCCUCCCAAUUCACCGCAUUUCGGCGGGUUGUGGGAAGCUGCAGUGAAGUCUUUCAAACGACACCUCAGACGUGUCCGCAG